CUUGUGUGUGAGACUAAAACCAUGAAGUUAAAGCUAUAUCCUGCUUCUGAUUAAAUAAAGCCGUGACAAAUUUCUGCAGCAAAACAUUUCUAACUAUUGACCCCAGGACUUUCUCCAGACCUGAUUAACCUGCACUGCAGGGGGCGGAGCUGCACUGUUCCUACAGGUACCCAUGUAACAAGCACAUUCUAUGGAAUCCGCGGAGUAAGAGCUUGGAAUACUGAUACUGAUCUAGAAUGACGGAAGAGAAGACUCAGAGCGAUGGGGACCGGCAGCCCCUGGAGGAGAGCUCGCCUCUCAGGGGUAAGUCCAGCUGGAUCCCCCGGUGUCUCCGCCGAAUGUUGCCUCCUGGCUUCCUGGAUGAAGUGAAGGAGCAGUUUGCUAUGGCCGGACCUGUGAUUCUGUCUCAGAUUAUGGUACUACUGGUGAAUAUUGUGAGCUGCAUUUUUUGUGGUCAUUUGGGUAAAAUUGAGCUGGACUCUGUGAUACUCGCUGUUGCUGUCAUAAAUGUUACUGGAAUAUCUAUUGGAGCAGGUUUGUCCUCUGCAUGUGAUACACUCAUAUCUCAGACAUAUGGAGGUAGAAAUUUGAAGCGAAUUGGCACUAUAAUACAAAGAGGAAUUCUAAUACUGUUACUGUUCUGUUUCCCUUGCUGGGCCAUCUUUAUUAAUGCCGAACACAUCCUGCUGCUCUUCAGACAGAAUCCAGACGUUGCCAGGUUAACACAGACAUAUAUGAUGAUUUAUACUCCAGCUCUUCCAGCUGUUUUCCUUUAUCAGCUAGAGUUGCGCUAUUUACAAAAUCAGGGUAUAAUGUGGCCUCAAGUGUUUACUAGUGGUGUAGUAAACCUUAUAAAUGCUGGUGCUCAUGCUGUGUUGCUGUAUGUGCUAAAGCUUGGAAUUGUAGGCUCUGCUAUGGCAAAUGCCAUUUCUCAGGUCAUGAUGUGUUCUCUUCUUUAUAUAUAUAUAUAUAUGAGAAAACUGCAUGUGGAGACAUGGAAAGGAUGGUCCAAAGAUUGUCUCCAAGAAUGGGGAUCUUUUAUGCGUCUGGCAAUUUCUAGCAUGCUUAUGCUGUGUAUAGAAUUGUGGAGCUUCGAAAUCGGAGGAUUCCUUGCAGGUCUUAUCAACAUGGUGGAACUUGGAGCACAGGCUAUAAUGUUACAAAUGGCAAGCGCUGGUUUUACGAUUACUGUUGGAUUGUCAUCAUCUGCCAGUGUCAAAGUUGGAAAUGCGUUAGGAGCUGGAGAUGUUGAGCAAGCCAAGUUCUCUACUAAUGUUUCUCUAAUAUGCACAGCAAGUUUUGCUAUCCUGGUUGGUGUUUUUAUUGCUGCAUUGAAAGGUGAAAUUGCAUACAUUUUCACGUCAGACAGAGACAUUAUUACUCUAGUGUCAAAGCUCUUGCUAAUCUUUGCCCUGUAUCAUGCGUUUGAUGCUUUUGCUACCACUAGUGCUGGAGUUUUACGAGGAACUGGAAUGCAAAAAUAUGGCGCUAUUAUUAUCGCAAUUGGGUAUUAUGUGAUUGGUUUACCAAUUGGAAUUUCACUGAUGUUCUCUGCAAAGCUUGGUGUAAUAGGUCUUUGGAUUGGAAUUGCUGUAUGUAUAUUUCUUCAAGCCAUCCUUUUUUUAAUAUUUAUCAUGAAGCUAAAUUGGAAUAAAAUAUGUAAAGAGGCUCAAGUUCGAGCUGGAGUGAAGCAGAGCACAAAGAAAAAGGACCCACGACCUAUCAUAUUAAAGACAGAGAAAAAAAAAGACAUAGCUGAAACUGGUAACAUUCAGUCCAUUGAGCUAAAAUGUAAUAUAAAGCAACAUGUCAGUACAGAUAAACAUCCUAUUUUAUCAGACAAUGAAUCUGCCGGGGAGUAUGAAGAUAUGUCCGCUCAGAAAGAAGAUUCCACAACUGCACAGGAAAACAUUGUUGGAGAUGUUCUUACAGUGAAGCAGUUGAUUGUUUGGCGUGGUUUGGCUGUAGUUUUAGCUGUGGCUACACUGAUUAUUGGUAUAACAUUUAAAUUUAUCAUUGGCAAAGGACAAUAUUAAACAUUUGAAUGGAACAUAAUAUGAGUGUAACGUCUGAAUGGAGGAACCUUAAAAUAAAUUAUUCUCAGUAGUAUACCAAGAUCAUUGUGUUAGAGGU